AUGGCCGGACGAGGGGGCGCCUGGGCGCUGCUGCUGGCGCUCUGCGGCGUGCUGGGCGCCUUGUGCUUGCAGGGCUCGCGAGCCGACGAGCCUGAAGCGGCGGCGGCGGCGGGCGGCGGCGCGAACCGGCGGAGGCGGCUGAGCCAGGCGGACGGCAUCUCCUUCGAGUACCACCGCUACCCGGAGCUGCGGGAGGCGCUGGUGUCGGUGUGGCUGCAGUGCCCGUCCAUCAGCCGGAUCUACACGGUGGGCCGCAGCUUCGAGGGCAGGGAGCUGCUGGUCAUCGAGGUCUCCGACAACCCCGGCGAGCACGAGCCUGGGGAGCCAGAAUUCAAAUAUGUUGGGAACAUGCAUGGAAAUGAAGCUGUUGGAAGGGAGCUUCUCAUCUUCUUGGCUCAGUACCUGUGCAAUGAAUAUCAGAAGGGAAAUGAAACAAUCAUCAACUUGAUCCACAGCACACGGAUCCACAUCAUGCCAUCUCUGAAUCCAGAUGGCUUUGAGAAGGCAGCAUCACAGCCAGGUGAACUCAAAGACUGGUUAGUUGGCCGAAGUAAUGCACAAGGGAUAGACCUAAACCGAAACUUCCCUGACCUGGAUAGAAUAGUCUAUGUCAAUGAGAAAGAAGGUGGUCCAAAUAAUCACUUACUGAAAAACCUGAAGAAAGCUGUGGACCAGAACACAAAGCUUGCACCUGAAACAAAAGGUGUGAUUCACUGGAUUAUGGAUAUUCCUUUUGUGCUGUCAGCCAACCUUCAUGGUGGGGACCUUGUGGCAAAUUACCCAUAUGAUGAGACUCGCACUGGUAGUGCCCAUGAAUACAGCUCUUGCCCAGAUGAUGCUAUUUUUCAAAGUUUAGCUCGAAGUUAUUCAUCCUUUAAUCCAGCCAUGUCUGAUCCAAACAGGCCACCGUGUCGCAAGAAUGAUGACGACAGCAGCUUCAUAGAUGGGACAACCAAUGGUGGUGCUUGGUAUAGUGUCCCAGGAGGGAUGCAGGACUUCAACUACCUCAGCAGCAACUGUUUUGAAAUCACCGUGGAGCUUAGCUGUGAAAAAUUCCCUCCUGAGGAAACCCUGAAAAGCUAUUGGGAGAACAACAAGAAUUCACUUAUCAGUUACAUUGAGCAGAUACAUCGAGGGGUAAAAGGAUUUGUUAGAGAUCUUCAGGGUAAUCCCAUUGCUAAUGCCACCGUUUCUGUGGACGGGAUAGACCAUGAUACUACAUCCGCUAAGGAUGGUGAUUACUGGCGAUUGCUUGUACCUGGGAAUUAUAAAGUGACAGCCUCUGCACCAGGUUAUCUAGCAAUAACUAAAAAAGUGGCUGUUCCCUUCAGCCCUGCUGUUAAGGUUGAUUUUGAUCUGGAGUCAUUGUCUGAAAGAAAAGAAGAGGAAAAGGAAGAGCUAAUGGAAUGGUGGAAGAUGAUGUCAGAAACUUUAAAUUUUUAAGCGGGAGCUCUGAAUUUACAGCUUUUAAUCUAUUAUGUGUUGACUUAGUAUAAUGUACUGUGGAAAGUCCCUAUAUUUUAGAUUUUGUGUAGCUCGCAAUAUUUAACUUCAGUUGUUUUGAGUAAUUUUUUAAAAAAUCAGUAAUCUGCUCUACAUAAAAACAAAUUGCUAGAUACUUUCAUGCCAUCAUUCACUAUUCUACAUAUUCAACUUGAGGAAAGAAUACCUGAAUGAAUGUAUCCUCCUCCUAACUCAGAUAUAAAUGUGCGUGUUUCACUUACAAAUCCUGAAUGUGUAGGUUAAGCACAUUAAAACAACCCUAUAGUAAUUUGCAGUCACUUGCAGCUGCUGCCACAAAUAUUUGCCAGUGCAGGUGAACAGAUGAUAUUCUCUAAUGUCUCAUAAGAUAAUGGCACUGAAACUGUAUACAGUAAGAAUUUGGUGUUGUAAGUAAUGCUUUACUACAAUUAAAGUUUGUUUAUGUCUCUGUGGAAGGGCCAUGUAAAAUAAGAACCAUAAGUACUUGGGUUUCAUCUACACACAUGGAAAUAUCUUUCAUCAUUCCUAGUUAAAAGCUGAGAGGAAAUAGUACAACAUUUUACUUUGUUCUAUCCAGUGAUGUUCCCAAGUAACCUGGUAAUCAGAUUAAAAAUUCUGAAUGGAUGAAGAAUGAUAAUAUACUGAGUGCAUGUUAUUACUAGGCUUCCUGUGUUUGCGGUGUAUACUUUCUACUGCCCUGUUGUCAAAGGUCAUGUUUGUAUUUAGUAAACAUGAGUUGCAUGAGAAGGCUUCAGUAUACUUUGCAUAAAGAACAAAAUGUUCAUCCCUUAUUAAACAUGGCCCACUGCAUCUUUAAUAAGGGAGUUGGAAUUCAAGGUGUACCAUAUUAUCCCAAAAG